AUGUCCCCAUCCACGUCAAUAUCGCCCUUUUCAAAGGCCGUGGUGAAUGCUAUGCGAAAGCUCUAUCCAGAGUCCCUAGCGGACAAAAGCUUCGAUAAUACUGGCCUACUCCUCGAAGCUCCUUAUGAUCCCAAUCAAAACCUCAACGACUCAGUCCUUAUCACCACGGAUCUCACUAAAGCGGUUGCCGACGAAGCUAUUGCCCGGAGAGACUCGAUUAUCGUUACUUACCAUCCCAUUAUUUUCCGCGGCCUGAAGUCCAUCACACUCCAGGACCCUCAACAAACGUCCCUACUGCGUCUAGCUCAAGCGGGCAUCAGCGUAUAUUCGCCGCACACGGCAGUUGAUGCCGUCCCCGGCGGAAUGGCAGAUUGGCUUUGCGACAUCGUGUGCGGUUUCAUUGGAUCGAAGGAAAAGCCGCAAUUGUUAGGCAUCAAAGAAUCAUCGUCUCUAUCGAAAUUUUAUUCUCUAGAUGUGAAAUACCCUCAACCGUCGCUUGGCUCAGUCGGGAAAGAGUCGGAAUUUCCGCAUACCCGAGAAGCCAUCCAUCCAUCUCCAGCUCCUGUGCCCGCCGGAUUCGAAGGCGCUGGUGCUGGCCGUAUAGUCACCUUUGGUACUGCUCAGGAUCUAUCGGUGCUUAUUGAGCGCAUUGGCGAGGCGACUGGCUGGCCCGGCGCGAUUUCCGUUGCUAUUCCACAAGGUGCCACGAUACAAUCCAUGAAGAUCCGCACUGUUGGCGUAUGCCCCGGUUCUGGCGGUAGCGUAAUCAUGAAAAGUUCAGGCGAACUGCCAGAUCUCUUGUUCACUGGUGAAUUGAGUCACCAUGAAGCUUUGGCGGCCAUCGAGCGCGGUUCUGCAGUGAUCACGUUGUUCCACUCCAACACUGAACGCGGCUAUUUGCAGAAUGUUUUGUCAAAGAAACUGGCUGAUGUUAUUGUGGAGGAACUGGGUGACAGCUGUCGUGUCCCCGCCGAGAGCUUGGUAGCAGUUAGUCAAGCUGACCGUGAUCCAUACGGUGUCGUGGUGUUGGGUGACCGAGUACAAGGCUGA